AUGGAGGACGACGUCGUUUUCCCGGUGGCGGGAGCCAUGUUCUUCCUGCAGUCUGCAAACGUGGAGGCCCAGUGUGCAGGUGUCUUGGAGGAUAGUCCACGUCCGUCAACAACCAGUCAAGGCUAUGUUCUGCCGGAAGGAAAAAUCAUGCCAAACACAGUCUUUGUUGGUGGAAUUGAUAUAAGGAUGAAUGAAGUAGAAAUUCGUAGUUUCUUCGAACGAUAUGGUACUGUGAAAGAGGUGAAAAUCAUCACUGACAGAACUGGUGUUUCCAAAGGGUAUGGAUUUGUAUCUUUCCUGGACAACGUGGAUGUUCAAAAAAUUGUAGAAUCACAAAUCAACUUCCAUGGCAAAAAGCUGAAACUGGGGCCAGCUAUUAGAAAGCAACAGAACUUGUGUUCUUAUGUACACCCGAGACCAUUAGUCUUCAGUCCUCCUGCUCCACAGUUCCAUAGUGUAUGGAGUAGUCAAAAUACAGAGACAUACAUGCAGCCUCCCGCUGUAAUGAGCCCAGUAACACAGUACGUUCAGACAUAUCCAUACAGUUCACCAGCUUUACUGAUACAGCAGCAAGUUCCUGUAGGAUAUCAGCCAGCUUACAACUAUCAGGUUCAACCACCAUGGCUUGCUGGGGAGCAAAGAAAUUAUGUUAUGCCUCCAGUUUAUACUUCAGUAAGCUAUCACUGCACUGAGGAUCCAGAAUUUAUCCAGACAGAGUGUACUGUUCCAGAGCCAGCACAAUCAUCUAGUAGCAGUCCACAAAAGAAGUCUGUGGACAGGAGCAUACAGACAGUAGUAUCCUGUCUCUUUAAUCCUGAGAAUCGUCUGGGGAACACCUUUGUAUCACAAGAAGACUACCUUAAGGAGAGAAAGCCUCAUCACUUCAGAAAAGGAAGAGCAGUACUCAAAAGUGUUUGAUCAACAAAGACUUUAAAGUAUCUAAAUUCAUUAACUUGAUGUUACUACAGUUCAGUUUAGCAGUGUGUGCAGUAUAACCUUUUUCA